ACACGUCCGCGACCGCGACGCCGCGACGCUACCGCCACCACCACCACCACUACCCGGCCAUGGCCACGCUGCUCCCCUCGUUUCCGCACGCCCUCUCCAAGCCCCGCCACCUCCACCACCACUCCCACGUCGCCGCCGCCUCCGCCAGGCCCGAGGCCCCCAGCCCCGCCUCCGCGGCCCCCGCCAGCUCCCGCCUCCGCCGCCUCAUCGCGCGCGACGACCUCGCCGAGGCCGCGCGCCUCGUCGAGACCUCCUCCUCCCGCGGCGAGGCGCCCGACGUCUACCUCUGCACCAAGCUCAUCCGCAACCUCUGCCGCCGAGGCCGCACCUCCGACGCCGCGCGCGUCCUCCGCACCGCCGAGGCCUCCGGCGCCCCGGUCGACGUCUUUGCCUACAACACCCUCGUCGCCGGGUACUGCCGCUACGGCCGCCUCGACGCCGCGCGCCGCCUCAUCGCCGAAAUGCCCGUCCCGCCCGACGCCUACACCUACACGCCCAUCAUCCGGGGCCUCUGCGACCGCGGCAGGGUCGGCGACGCGCUCGCCCUGCUCGACGAUAUGCUCCAGCGCGGCUGCCAGCCCAGCGUCGUCACCUACACCGUCCUCCUCGAGGCUGUGUGCAAGAGCAGCGGCUUCGGAGAGGCCAUGAACGUCCUCGACGAGAUGCGUGCCAAGGGCUGCACGCCUAACAUUGUCACCUACAACGUCAUCAUCAACGGCAUGUGCAGGGAGGGCCGCGUCGACGAUGCCAGGGAGAUCUUGAACCGGCUGUCGUCUUAUGGCUUCGAGCCCGACAUCGUCAGCUACACCACUGUGCUCAAGGGCCUGUGUGCUGCUAGGCGGUGGGACGACGUCAAGGUGCUCUUUGCUGAGAUGGUGGAGAAGAAUUGCGUGCCGAAUGAGGUUACCUUUGACAUGCUAGUCAGAUUCUUCUGUCGCGGGGGUAUGGUGGAGAGGGCAAUCGAAGUUCUUCAGCAAAUGUCACAGCAUGGAUGCACACCCAACACUACCUUGUGCAACAUUGUCAUAAACGCUAUGUGUAAACAAGGUCGUGUGGAUGAUGCCUAUGACUUCUUGAACAACAUGGGCAUGUAUGGGUGCAAUCCUGAUACCAUUAGCUAUACUACUGUGCUAAGGGGCUUGUGUCGCUCCGGACGAUGGGAGCAUGCCAAGGAGCUAUUGCCGGAGAUGGUCCUAAAGAACUGUCCCCCAAAUGAGGUUACAUUCAAUACAUUCAUAUGUAUCUUGUGCCAGAAAGGAUUGAUUGAGCAAGCUAUCAAGCUUAUUGAACUGAUGCCAGAGUAUGGAUGUUCAGUGGGUAUUGUCACAUACAACGCUCUUGUCCAUGGCUUCUGUGUGCAAGGGCGUGUUGAUAGUGCUCUUGAGUUGUUUAACAAUCUUCCAUGUGAGCCCAACACCAUUACAUACACUACGUUGUUGACAGGCUUGUGCCAUACCGAGCAGCUGGAUGCUGCUGCAGAGCUCUUGGCUGAGAUGAUUCAGAAGGAUUGCCCUCUAAAUGCGGUGACUUUCAACGUACUUGUGAGUUUCUUCUGUCAAAAAGGGUUUGUCGAGGAAGCAAUCGAACUUGUGUAUCAAAUGAUGGAGCAUGGUUGCACCCCUAACCUGAUCACAUUUAAUACUUUACUCGAUGGGAUCACCAAGGAUUGCAACUCAGAAGAAGCGCUGGAGCUAUUGCAUGGUUUGGUCAGUAAGGGGGUAUCCCUAGAUACGAUAACCUACUCUUCAGUCGUUGAUGUCCUCUCAAGAGAAGAUAGAACUGAAGAAGCCAUUCAGAUGUUUCAUGCCGUGCAAGAUAUGGGGAUGAGACCAAAAGCUGGGAUGUAUAACAAGAUACUGUUCGCCCUCUGUAAAAGAUGUGAAACAGAUCAGGCUAUUGAAUUUUUUGCUUAUAUGGUGUCUAACGGUUGCAUGCCUAACGAGUCGACCUACAUUAUACUCAUUGAAGGCCUUGCCCAUGAGGGUAUGUUGAAGGAGGCACGAUAUGUACUGAGUGAGUUGUAUGCGAAAGGAGUUCUAAGCAAGAGUUUACUUGAAGACCAGCACUAAGCAAGCUGGAAUCGGGUGGCAUGUUUUAUGUGUGUGCUUCAAGCUACAAUGAUCCAUAAAGAUGGGAUAGGUUUUUUAAGUGUGAAGACCAAGGAAAUCAAAAGGACGGUCUGCAGGAUAACACAAGCAAAUAAGAUAAAAGCAUGUUCAUACUUAUAACGGCCUAAUAAAAGAUACAGGCCAAUAAAGUUUCUUAGAAACACUUCUCAGUUUCAGCAGUUUGAGACUAAAUUGUUGAAUUAUUUGACUAUACUUCUCCGUGUGUAUAAACAUUUUGGUUUGUCUUCCAUGAGCAAUGGUUUCCCUGACUGAAUAUUCACAUGUCAAAAGAGUACUGCAAGUGAGGAAAAUAUAAUGUCAGCUGGAUCUAUUUUUAAUCUAUGAACAGGCUAUCUACGCGUACCAAUUUCAUCAUCAAGAAUUUGCAUAUUGGUGAAACCACAGGGCAUGAUGUGAGAUACCAUUCACAGGUUGGCUGUUGUUAGAACACCUAUACCCAUCGUUGUCUGCAGCAAAGGGCACAGGUUCAGAGUGAACCUCAUGUUCUUUUUUUGGCUUCAAAGUUGGAACCGCAGUUCGAUGGCUCAUAAGUCAUAUAUGAUGGUUCAUCACUUACCAGUUAUACCUAUACUGCUUUAGUGUCCACGGUGACAUGGGCGCAUUGCAGGACUAACCAAAACUACCGUAUAUAUCCUUCAAGAUUUGGUUCAGUUUGUUGCAUGUUGAUUGGUUCUAAUUCAUCUGGUCAAAGCAUCAUAUGUAAGUUCACUGGGCUCUGUUUUAAAAUUAGUUCCACAAAACCAUUUAAAUGAAGGAAAAACAGGACGCAAGCAAGCUGGUAAUAGGAAAUCAAGAUAGACUUACAUCACAUUACAUUUUGCUGAGCUUCUACCUCGUGUUUAUAGGAUUAUUAUGUAGCUUGUCUGCAACGGUUCAGAGCUGGGCAAUGACAAAAUGUAUUUCUAGUCAGUAGCCUGCACAUAAACAAGCAACUCUUCCAUGUGAUCAUCAGGCAUCUUUGGAUUCAAGACAUUUACAGAGUUCCGUAGUACUUCUAUUAAGAAGAUAUUUUCUCUAUGGAGGGUCCUUGUACCAAAUGAAUGAUACCACCAAAAUUCCUAUGGACUGUUCUUUUUACA